AGGCCAUACAAGCGACUCAUGUAUAAGACCGGAAAAAAUCAAGAUGCUAAGAUGUUCCAUGUGUUAGCUUGGUGUCUGCCUCCAGGGCUUGUCAUUUUGGAUGGCCAAACGUAUAUACAUUCACGAAGGCAAUGGGGGAAAUAUUACUUGGUCAAUACAAAGGGGAGCUUCCGAUUGUCAUUAUUAGACCCACCAUGGUCACAAGCACUUUUCAAGAUCCAUUUCCUGGAUGGAUUGAAGGAACGAGGACAAUUGACGCUCUGAUUGUCGCCUACGAUGAGCAAGCACUGCCAUGUUUUCUAGGUGAUCGUAAUGACAUAAUUGAUUUGAUUCCUGCCGACAUGGUAAUAAAUGCUGCAUUGGUAGCAAUGGCAGUUCACUGGAAUGGAAAAUUGCAGGUCAUUUACCAUGUGAGCUCACCGUGCCAGAACCCACUUUCAGUUAAUGAUUUUGUGGACUCAUGCUUCGAUUACUUCUCCAUUAGUCCUCGUAUAUUAAAUGGGAGGGUCCUCCAAACAAGAAGACCAUACUUGUUCAAGAGAUAUGCUUUCUUCCGUGUUUGUCUUAUGAUCAUAUUUUCGCUACCACUAAUGAUUUUGGAAGGAUUCAAUUUGUUAUUAUGUGGGUGUUUUUCCCGAUAUUGCAAUGACCUCAACCGGAGAUACAAUUUCUUCACACUCCUUGUGAAGUUGUAUGCACCAUAUCCAUUCUCUAAAGGACGCUUCGACGACAGCAACUUAACAUGGCUAAGGAUGGAAACAAAGAUAUGCAAUGUUGAUGGUGGAAACCUUAAUUUUGAUCCCAAGCAGAUUAGUUGGCACUCAUAUCUCAUUAGUGUCCAUGUCCCUGCCGUCCUGAAGUACGCUCACAUGAAGAAGGGAACCACAUUGCGCAGAACAUCCUACUCCUACUCACAAUAAGAACAUGAAAGAGCUCACCGUCCCAAUCAAGUUGCAAUACAUUAUAUUUUGUUGCGAUGACGCAUAUAUAUGGAAGAUUGUUAGAGAUGUGCACAUCUCGACUCCAGGAUUAUAUUGAAUAAAGAAAAGAAUCAUAUGGAAAAUUCAACUA